CACCGAUUUCAGUUACAGCUACGCGUCGUAAGGAAACAAAUCGCUAGCAUAUUUAAAUAUUUUACAUUUUAACAAUAUUAAUUCAUAUAAAUUACGGCGGUGCAGUUAAAUUAUAGCAAAACUUAAACAAACAAAAAAAACAAAAUGAGUAUGAUCUUUGCGGCUGUCAAGUGUUUUGUCUUCGCUUUCAAUUUCUUUAGUUUGUUACUGGGCAUUUGUAUUGUCUGUUUGAAUAUUUUCGGUUUGGAGUUUGCCAUACCGAAUACCGAUGAGCACACAUACUGCAUAGUUGGUGUCAUUUUGGGCUCAUUCGUAUGCAUGGCCACAUUAUUUGGCUGUUAUGGCGUCAUCUGCGAAUCGUUGGGUGUCAAUGUGAUUUACUCGUUCUUUAUGCUGAUGUUGUUGACCACACAGUUGUUGCAAAUGCAGACAUAUAAACAUCAGAAAUUCUUCGUAAAUGCGCUGGAUCUACUGGAGGAUGCCUGGGAUGAUGUGGAAAUGGAUCCGAAUGAAAUGCAGGCGGUGGAGAUAAAUUAUCACUGUUGUGGUCUCUACAAUGCCAAUGACUACAAGUACAGACAUAUGGAGACGCCAGCGAGUUGUUAUCGCUUCCAAAAUGCCACGCUUGAGUCGAAUUUAUACACUCGCGGCUGUGUGGAAGCACUGGAAACAUCAUAUCACCAGACCAUGGAGCGUGAAAACAUUUUUAACUGGUCACUAUUAAUCUGUGAAUGCGCAGUUUUCCUCUACUCGUGCAUUCUGAGCAUAUUGCUUUUCAAGCGCUCUCACGCAACAGUUCACACACCCCUGCCAGAAGAUGGUUAUGCGCCACCGCAACCGGUGCCACGCAUCAAUCAUUGCAAUUCACGCACCCACCUGUUGUCUAACUAAAUAAGCUGCGGCAAAAACAAAUAUGAAAUGCAAAAGUCUGGUUAAAACUAAUUUUUUAUAUACAAAUAUAGGUAUUACAUACGAAUUCGAAAAUACUAUAUAUUUUAGUACGAACAAAUUAUAGUUUAACAUAAAUUAAUUGUAGUUAUGUUGUAUAAACAUAUGCAGUAUAUCAAAUAAGUAGGAAUAAACAAUUUUUUUUAUGAAAAUAUGUUUGUAAUUUCACACAUCUUCAUUUAUUAGCAUUUAGUUUGGUGUCAAAAUAUAUUGUAAAUAUAUUAAAAUUGUA